AUGGAUGAUUUACGCAAAUUUUCGACCGUUUGUCGGUUUUGUUUGAGUAAAGAACACGAACAAUUCGUUACCAUCAGUGAGAUUCUUUCCUCUUCACUUACCGUCGAGCUCAUUGGACUGUUUACUGGGAUAGAGCUUGAAACGGCAAACCCCGUACCGUAUGUAGUGUGUGGGAACUGUAGAGACAUCCUGAAUCAAUCGGUCCAAUUCCGCCACACUUGCGUUAGUAAUGAUGCACUGUUUAGAGAAUUGGUUUCGCAGUGCACUAUUCCCUCGGGCAACAGUAAUGAUGAAACCGAGGCACGGUCGAAGCAAAAGGAUACCGGCUCGAUUGAGAUUGAAAUUAUGUGCCUAAAGGAUGCAUGUAAGGAGCGCAACGGUUUGAGCCAAGAUCUAACCGAAGUGUCUUUAAAUGAUUUGGAAGGACUCGAGGAACAAUCCGACGAAACUCUUAUUAGCGACGAGGCUAACGAAAAGAGAAACAAAAAUGAAAGGCAGUCAGAAAGCCUUACACCGUGCACAACAACCACAGCAGUUGUGUCAAGUAAAAUACAAAACGAAGGAACUGGCACGACCAAAUUCAAAAAACAGCUAUGCGUCACGUGUGGCAAACUGGUGCGCAAUCUGUCAUACCACGUUCGUAUUCAUACGAACGAGCCAACACUGUACGCUUGUCCACACUGUCCCACACAAAUGAGAAAUCAGUCGAAUCUCGCACGCCAUAUACAAGCGGUACACUUGAAGAAAAUUGUAAAAUCCUGCGAACCGUGCGGGAGGGGUUUUGCUCACAUCAACUCGUACAAUGCGCACAUGCGAUCACGCCACGGCAUGGGUGAACCGUACAAGUGUGAAAUAUGCUCGAAAACGUUCAGACAACCUAGCGGCUACAAAAAGCACAUUUCCUCCACACACACUAACGAACGGAACUUUCCAUGCGCGAUCUGUGGUAAACCGUUCAAGGAUAAGCAAGCGUUGAAGCUACACGAAAGUGUGCAUUCCACUGAUCGGCCGUACAGUUGCGCGAUGUGCCCGAAGCAAUUCAAAAGUUUAAGUGCCAGAAGGACACACGAGCUGACCCAUGUCGGGGUCGUGUUUCCGUGCUCGUUAUGUGCUAAAUCCUAUCAGUACAAAUCUCUGCUUAAUGCACAUGUAAAGAAACAUCAUUCCGAAGCCUCUUGAGAGCAGAAACAACGUAGAUCUUUUGUGAAAGGUUUUGAAAUAAACGAAAGAAAAUUUGAAUUUUUUACUAA